AUGAAAGUCGUUAACUUUCUUUCGGUGCUUCUAUUGACUAUUACUUCCUUCGCGACCGCGACACCAUUCAAAUAUCAUCAUGCCAAGAGACAACAAUUCUUGCCAAAUGGUACUUUUGGUGGAGGCGGAGGUAUGAACGGUACAGGUGGUGCCAAUGGUACUACUGGCGCUAAUGGAACCAACGCCACCAAUGCUACAAAUGGUACUGUUGGUGCAGGUGCAGGUGGACUAAGUAACAUAACUCAGCCAGGCUUCCAACCAAAUGGUACCAUAACUAACAAUCCACAAGGUGUACAAAUCUUUAUUACAGGUGGUGACACCGACAUUCAUACGAAUGACUCGGUCACCGUGGUUUCUAACUCGACUAAUUUGAAUAUAACUCAAAUGUACGACUUGGCAGCUAAUGUGAAUCAAUCGUUAACUCAGAAUACAUCGAAGGCCAUUAUUAUCAUUGCUGCAGAUGAAUCCAUAAAUGAGGUGGCAUUCUUCAGCUCCGUGGUAUUCGCAACAAAUAAAACAAUUGUAAUCACUAAUACGGACUUCGUUUUGGCUAAGAUCGUAGCUGAGGAUCCAAAUUCACAAAAGCGUGGUCCUUUGAUUGUCAUAAAUGGUCUGAUCUUUUCAGCUUCGUUACCAUUAUGGGCUGGUCCUGUUGGUGUCUUUGGUAGUAACUUACAUCCAAUUUUCUUCUUCGACGCAUGUCAGCCAAUGCUCACUGGUACUAACUCAACUAUUAGGACUAAUUUCAGUAAUUUCACCUCGGUACACACAAACUUCAGUGCUUCUGUUCCAAUUAUCUUCCAGGAGAGCUUACAAGUCACUUUGAAUUCGACAUUGAGUUCGAGCAUUGACGGGUUAAUUAUUGUUAGAUCAUCUAGUGUGAAUCAAACAGGUCUCAUCAUAUCUAAUGCUUCGAGCUCUUCAACUUCCUCCUCCGGAGGUGCUUCUAGUAACACUACUGGCGGUACCAGUAUCAACAACACUGUUACAGUGCCAGCUUCCCUCAACUUCACAUGGCCUCUACCGGCAAAUCUCACAGGUAACAGUUCUAGCCUUUCUAACGCUACCAUUACAGCAUCUAACUCAUCCACUAUUAAUGUUCCUAUCGUUUAUGUUCAACAGAAGUUGUUCUCCGGCAGUAGCUCAUCAAGUGGCGGUUCUUCAUCUGGAGGCAGUUCUUCAAGCAGUAGCGGUUCGUCUAGUGAAAUCGCCAACAAUACAGGCGUUCAAUAUGGUACGAAUACAAUUACAAUUCCUUCUAACUUUACUGUCCCAGUAAACACCACUUUACCAAGCAACGUUAUUCCAGGAGGCUACUUGACACCAGAACAAGCACAGGUCUUAUUGAGCAUUGCUCUAGCUAAUGGUGUUAAUGACACGACUUCAUUAAAGUCCAUUUUCCCAACUUCUGACUAG